AGAUACGCAUAUGGACCAGUUGACAUUGAACUACGUGAUCUGGAACGCUCUUGUGGUUUUUUUCAUCCGUCCUCCUAUAAAAGCCCGGGGGCAACUGAAUUCAUACUCAAAUUAUAUUUCUCGCACUCUCUGUUACCAUGCAAUUUUUAUUUGCGAAAUCUGUUGUAUUCUUCUUAGUACUUACGACAUCGAGAUGUGCUCCGGGAAGAUUGGGUACCAUCGAUCGAUAUAAUCCAAACUUCUCCUUGACGGACUAUGGUGAUGCGAUUAUGAUCUAUACGAUUGGUACGACCGAGUCAGACGGUACGACUGAGUCGGGCGGUACAACGGAAGAUAAUACUUGGGAAUACGGUGAAUACGAAGAAGACGUUACUGACGCGCCAACAAACGAAAUACAUUUGGAAACUCCGGUGCCUUAUAUCGUCCAGCACGCUGGACAGGAUGAUACUACCAAAGGACAAACAGACUGUUCCGAUUUCGUCGUGGAUGUUGAGGGCCCAUCGACAUCGCUUGCGCCGUACAUUGCUGCCGAAUGAAAACUCGGUGCAUUGUUGUUGUUGUUGUUGUUGUUGAGUUCUUUUUUUUUGUUGUUAUUUAUUCGAUCAUAACAUAGAAUAUUUUUUUGUUUCGGAGAAUUACCUGUCAAAAUCGACGUCGAAAACCGUUUCAAAAAUGUUCACUCGGAAAACGUUUGUUUGUAUAAUAGGUAAUUGAUGACGAUUUCGACGGAUAAAUAUCCGGAAACCAUAUUCUAUGCGUGAUAAGUAUUAUGUUGUAACUUGCAGGAACGAAAGAAAUAAUUAAAUUGUAUUACAUAUUUUAUAGAA